UCAUUACCAUAUAGAAGAAAUGGAAUCUAAAUCUGAAACACUUGGAAACAAGAUGACUAUGGGAAUGGCAAUGUUGCUUGCCUUUGCAAAUUUGGCAAUGUCUGUAGCAGCAGUUGACCCCAUUGCAGCCACUGGGAAAGAGCCUGUUAUCGAGCUAUACAUGCAUGACAUUCUAGGGGGUAGUAACCCGACCGCUCGGCCGGUGACUGGCUUGCUGGGAAGCAUUUAUGGCGGUCAAGUACCAUUUGCAACGCCGGUAGGAUUCAACACCCAAGGAGGAACUGCCAUCCCCAAUGCCAAUGGUGCUAACCCCACUGUCAAUGGAGUUUUUGGUAUCCCUCUAGGAACUGGAUUGGCUGGUACUUCAUUUGCACCAAACUCAAACAACAACAACCAAAACAAUGCUCAGCUACUGUUAGGACCUGAUGGACUGGGACUGGGUUUUGGUACAAUCACCGUUAUUGAUGAUAUACUGACCUCUCAACCUGAGCUGGGGUCCCAAACAAUUGGAAAGGCUCAAGGAGUGUAUGUGGCAAGUUCAGCAGACGGAACUAGACAGAUGAUGACAUUUACAGCUCUGUUUGAAGGAGGGGAAUAUGGUGAUAGCUUGAACUUCUAUGGCCUGUACAAGAUAGGAAGCACCAUGUCACAAAUAUCUGUUAUAGGGGGCACAGGGAAGUUCAAGAAUGCAAGGGGGUUUGCAGAACUGAGAGCUCUUAUCCCACCGGGCCAGAUUUCAACUGAUGGUGCAGAGACACUGCUGAGGAUCACUAUCUAUUUGAAAUACUAAAACUGUAGUGUGAAAUUGUAAAAGCAACUGGGUGCUGUUUGAUUACUGAUGACUGUGAGAUUGGUCUUGUAUACUGUCAGUUUGAUAGUUUGAUUGCAGAAUCAGAAUGUAUUUUAAAUCUUAGUUGUAAUCCCAAGAAACCAUAUGGUGAUUUGUUUUUAUUAAAGAAAAUGAUAAAUUGUGGCACUUGG